CCGACGCCCACCCGAGCGGCGAGAGGCAAGUCGACCUAGGAAUCUUCGCACCGUCGCGUCACGGCUCCUCCCUUUCUCUCUCGCUCAAAAAGUUCCCGGGAUUUCUGUCUCUCCGCCAUGGAGGAGGCGCAGGUUGUGGAGUCCAAGGAUGGAACCAUCUCGGUUGCUUCUGCAUUUGCUGGUCAUCAGGAAGCCGUGCAAGACAGGGACCAAAAAUUCUUGACAAAAGCAGUUGAAGAAGCAUAUCGGGGAGUUGAGUACGGUGACGGAGGUCCGUUUGGGGCAGUCGUCGUCCGUAAUGAUGAAGUCGUAGUUAGCUGCCAUAACAUGGUUCUGAAGCACACUGAUCCAACGGCUCAUGCUGAAGUAACUGCAAUAAGAGAGGCUUGCAAAAAGCUGGGGAAAAUUGAGCUCUCCGAUUGCGAAAUUUAUGCAUCUUGCGAGCCAUGCCCGAUGUGCUUCGGCGCAGUUCAUCUCUCCCGGAUCAAGAGACUGGUUUAUGGAGCCAAGGCUGAAGCUGCCAUUGCCAUUGGAUUUGAUGACUUCAUUGCAGAUGCCCUGAGAGGCACUGGGUACUACCAGAAGGCCAACAUGGAGAUCAAGAAGGCUGACGGCAAUGGAGCACUGAUCGCUGAGCAAGUCUUUGAGAAGACUAAGGAGAAGUUUCUGAUGUACUAAUGUUUAUCAGAAGAAGAUUUCAGAUUUGUACAACGCUCACUCAGAAGAAAUAAUACAAUGCUCAAAUUCCAUUGUUUUAGAAACUAUCAGUUGAAAUGUUUUACAUUCUGAUCAUGACACCUGAAUUUGUUGUAAAUAAACAAAAGGUGGUUCUCUAAUGAAAUUUAGUUUAUAA